AUGAGCAAUCACGUAAGUGGUAUACCUGGUAGUCCGGAAGAGAGCUACAAGAUGAUGUAUAGCUAUUUGUACAUGUUAAAGCAAGUGAAUCCAGGAACAAAAACUUGUGUGAAAUUGGAUGAUGCAAGUAAAUUCAAGUACCUCUUCAUAGCUUUGGGAGCUUGCAUUGAAGGGUUUGCAUUUAUGAGGAAAGUGAUAGCUGUGGAUGCGACAUCGCUGAAGAACAGAUAUGGUGGUGUUCUAGUUUUCGCGGAAGCUCAAGAUCCUAAUGGUCAAAGUUAUCCACUUGCGUUUGCAGUACUAGAUAGUGAGAAUCUUACUAGUUGGACUUGGUUUUUCGAGAUGCUUAAAAGUGUUAUACCAGACUCUUCUGAACUGGUUUUCAUGAGUGAAAGAAAUCAGAGCCUGAUCUUCGCUAUAGGAAGCGUGUUUCCAGAGGCUCACCAUGGGCAUUGUUUAUGGCAUUUGAAGGAAAAGGUGAAAUGGCAUGCUGGUAACGUCAACAAGGUUAUAGUCGGGCAUAGAUUUAUGGAGUUGGGCAGAUAUUACACGGUGGAUGACUUCAACUCUGCUUACGACUCAUUUGAAAAAAGAUAUCCUGCUGUGUACAAGUAUGUGCAGGAACAUACUGAAAAGGACAAAUGGGCAAGGGUUUUUUUUCCACGUGACAGGUACAACUUCGAUACAAUCAACAGUGUGGAAUCAAUGAAGAGCGUGUUUUAA